AAAUAAACCCUCUUUCGGUGCGGAGUCGUGAUGGCUGCCCCGGGUGCCGCUUCUCCAGGCCGGCUUGUUCAGUACAUUGUGGUCCGUUCUGACCUGGUCCACAAGCUGUCGUGGCCGCUGGGAGCCGUGAUUACCCAGGCCUGCCACGCCGCUACCGCCGCCGUUCACUUGAACUAUGGAGACCCGGACACGCAGCGGUACCUGGCGGAGCUGGACUGCAUGCACAAAGUGGUUCUGGGGGCCCCGGACGAAGCCGCCCUCUCCGGCCUCUCCGACAGCCUGACCCAGGCUGGAAUUUCACACAAACUCUGGAUCGAGCAGCCAGAAAACAUCCCGACGUGUUUGGCUCUGAAGCCGUAUCCCAAAGAGACCGUCCAGCCGCUGAUGCGGAAGUUCAAACUCUUCAAAUGAUGAAGACGAAGGUCCAGAGAAGCAGCUGUCUUUGUCCAAACGUUUUAAUUUUGCAGAAGAAGAGACGAGAACAUGUUAAAACUGCGUUUGUUGGUUCAGGUGCCUUAAAUAAGUAAAAACGCUCUUUUGGCAUCAGCAUACGUGUUCUGAUGUUUGGAGCCAACCUUUAUUCUGCUGUAAAUGUCAUUUAGAAAUACUUUUACUGGAGUUUUGGACAUUUGCUGAUUUUAUUUAUUUUACUCCAGUCAUCAAACUUGGAUCGUUGUUUGUUUGUUUACUGCAUUUUCUGAUCCAGGAAUACCCAAGGCUCCUAAAGUCAAGUUAGUUUGAAACUAAGCAGAAAUCAUGGCUAACAAAGCCGUUUAAAUUAGGAUGUAUGUGUUCUGUAGACUAGGGUUUUGUUGGCUAUUUAAGAUUUCUGAUUUUUGUUUAAUCUGCUGAUCUGGAAAUCAGAUCUUAGACAUCACAAAGUACUUUAUUCUAAUCUAUUAAAAUAUGUCAACGAAA